AGUUCAGUUCAGCUCAGUGGUUUUUCUUCAGACUGCAGAAUCUUCAUCUUCAACUCUUCGGACUGUUUUUAGAAACUGUGAAGGUGUGUGUGUGAGCUGAUGUGGACGUGAAUUCAGCAGAAUGGACCAGUGUGAGGACGGAGAGGAGGGAGUCCCUCCCUCUAAAACCUCUCUGUGUGGGGAACAUGAGAGUCGGAGCAAAGCUCAGAGGAAUCAACCUGGACCUGGACCUGGACCCGGACCUGGACCUGGACCUGGACCUGGACCUGGACCUGGACCUGGACCUGGACCUGGACCUGGAACUGGACCUGGACCUGGACCCGGACCUGGACCUGGACCUGGACCCAGCUGUGUGUCCUUGAAGAGCGAGCAGUCAAGGGAAUGGUUCGCUGAAUUUAAAGGAGACCAACAUUCUUCUUCAGAGAGAGUGGACCAGCAGAUCUCAGAGUCCCCCAGUGGUCCGUCUGUCCAGCAACAUCAGACACAGCUGGACUCCGUCUUUCAGCUGCUGGAGGACGACAUCGUCAUGUUUGUGAAGGACGAGCUGAAAAAGAUCCAGAAGGUUCUGAGUCCAGAUUACCCAGAAUCCUCAGAGAGUCUGGGGGAGGAUGAAGAUGAAGAGCAGAAGAGCAUCAGAGAGACAUUCAUGAAGAUCACAGUAAAGUUCUUGAGGAGGAGGAAGCAGGAGAAGCUGGCCGACCUCCUGCAGAGCAAGACCGUCGCUGCCGUUUGUCAAUCCAAACUCAGAGUUCAGCUGCAGAAGAAGCACCGGCAUGUGUCUGAGGGGAUCACUAAAGCAGGAAACCCAACCCUUCUGGAGCAGAUCUACACAGAGCUCUACAUCACAGAGGGAGGGACCGGAGAGGUCAACGAAGAACAUGAAGUCAGACAGAUUGAAGCAGCUUCCAGGAAACCAGACGGAGCAGAAACAGCCAUCAGACAGGAAGACAUCUUUAAACCCCCACCUGGAAGAGGAGGACCAAUCAGAACGGUGAUGACGAAGGGAGUGGCCGGCAUCGGGAAAACAGUCCUAACACAGAAGUUCAGUCUGGACUGGGCUGAAGGCAGAACCAACCAGGACAUCCAGUUCCUGCUUCCAUUCAGCUUCAGAGAGCUGAAUGUGCUGAGAGAGGAGAAGUUCAGCUUGGUGGAACUAGUUCAUCGAUUCUUCUCUGAAACCAGAAAAAUCUGCAGCUUUGAAAAGUUCCAGGUCGUGUUCAUCUUUGACGGUCUGGAUGAGUGUCGACUUCCUCUGGACUUCCACAACUCUACAAUCGUCAGUGACCCCAGAAGGUCCACCUCAGUGGACGUGCUGCUGACAAACCUCAUCAGGGGGAAGCUGCUUCCUUCUGCUCGUCUCUGGAUCACCACACGACCCGCAGCAGCCAAUCAGAUCCCUCCUGAGUGUGUUGACAUGGUGACAGAAGUCAGAGGGUUCACUGACCCACAGAAGGAGGGAUACUUCAGGAAGAGGAUCAGGAACAAGAAGCAGACCAGCAGGAUCAUCUCCCACAUCAAGACCUCACGGAGCCUCCACAUCAUGUGCCACAUCCCAGUCUUCUGCUGGAUCACUGCUACGGUCUUGGAGAAAGUCCUGGAAACCAGAGAGGGAGGGGAGCUGCCCAAGACCCUGACUGAGAUGUACAUCCACUUCCUGGUGGUCCAGGCCAAACUGAAGAAGGUCAAGUAUGAUGGAGGAGCUGAGACGGAUCCACACUGGAGUCCAGAGAGCAGGAAGAUGGUGGAGUCUCUGGGAAAACUGGCUUUUGAGCAGCUGCAGAAACCUGAAGGAAACCUGAUCUUCUAUGAAUCAGACCUGAGAGAGUGUGGCAUCGAUCUCAGAGAGGCUUCAGUUUACUCAGGAGUGUUCACCAAGAUCUUUAGAGAGGAGAGCAGCCUGUACCAGGACCAGGUGUUCUGCUUCAUCCAUCUGAGUGUUCAGGAGUUUCUGGCUGCUCUUCAUGUCCAUCAGACCUUCAUCAAGUCUGGAGUCAACCUGCUGGAGGAAAAAAGAAACACAGAGACUCAACUCUAUCAGAGAGCUGUGGACAAGGCCUUACAGAGUCCAAACGGACACCUGGACUUGUUCCUGCGCUUCCUCCUGGGUCUUUCAGUGGAGACCAAUCAGAACCUCUUACGAGAUCUGUUGGAACCAAAACAAAGAAGUUCACAGAACAAUCAGGAAACAGUUAAAUACAUCAAGAAGAAGAUCAGUGAGGAUCUGUCUGCAGAGAGAAGCAUCAACCUGUUCCACUGUCUGAAUGAACUGAACGAUCGGUCUCUGGUGGAGGAGGUCCAACAUACCCUGAGGUCUGGACGUCUCUCCACAGGUAAACUGUCUCCUGCUCAGUGGUCGGCUCUGGCCUUCAUCUUACUGUCAUCAGAAGAAGAUCUGGAGGUGUUUGACCUGAAGAAGUUCUCAGCUUCAGAGGAGGCUCUACGGAGGCUGCUGCCGGUGGUCAAAGCCUCCAAGAAAGUUCUACUGAGUGGCUGUCACCUCUCAGGGAAUAUCUGUCCACUUCUGUCCUCAGUUCUCAGCUCUCAGUCCUCCAGUUUGACAGAACUGGACCUGAGCAACAACGACCUGCAGGAUUCUGGACUGAAGAAGCUGUGUCCUGGACUGGAGAGUCCACACUGUCACCUGGAGUCUCUCAGGCUGUCAGGCUGUCUGAUCUCAGAGGAAGGAAGUUCUUCUCUGGUCUCAGCUCUGACCUCCAACCCCUCCCACCUGAGAGAGCUGGACCUGAGCUACAACCAUCCAGGGGAGUCAGCAGGGAAGCUUCUGUCUAGACUGGAGGAUCCCCGCUGGAAACUGGACACUGUCAGGGUGGAGCCUGCUGGACAACGAUUUCUGACACCAGGUCUGAGGAAGUAUUCCUGUCAACUCACCGUCGACACAAACACAGUCAACAAACACAUCAAACUGUCUGAUGACAACAGGAAGAUGAUGUGUGUGAGGGAGGAUCAGUCAUAUCCUGAUCAUCCAGACAGGUUUGAUUACUGGGAUCAGCUGCUGUGUAGAGAAGUUCUGACGGGUCGCUGUUACUGGGAGGUCCAGUGGAGCGAACAUGUUUCUGUAUCAGUGAGUUACAGAAGAAUCAGCAGGAAAGGAAACUCUGGUGUCUGUGUGUUUGGAGGAAACGAUCAUUCCUGGAGGCUGGACUGUUCUCCAGGUGAUCAGUACCGUGUCUGUCACAAUAACAGCUACACAUCCAUCACCUCCUCAUCUCCACGUCCAGACUCUGGCAGAGCAGCAGUUUACGUGGACGUUCCUGCUGGAACUCUGUCCUUCUAUGAAGUCGUCUCUGACAGACUGAUCCUCCUCCACACUUUCAACACCAGCUUCUCUGAACCUCUCUGUGCUGGAUUUAGACUCUGGUCCAGGCCUAGUUCAGUGUCUCUGUGUCCAGUUUAGUCUCCAGAGUCUCCGGUCAGAGAAACUGUCUCUGUUGAAUCCUGGACUUGGACUCUGGUUCUGGUUCCUCAGAGUCUCCAUGAUGAAGAUGAUGAUGAUGAUGAAGAUGAUGAUGAUGAUGAUGAUGAUGAUGAUGAUGAUGAUGAUGAUGAUGAUGAUGAAGAUGAUGAUGAUGAUGAUGAUGAGGAUGAUGAUGAUGAUGAUGAUGAUGAUGAUGAUGAUGAUGAUGAUGAAGAUGAUGAUGAUGAUGAUGAUGAGGAUGAUGAUGAUGAUGAUGAUGAUGAUGAUGAUGAUGAUGAUGAUGAAGAUGAUGAUGAUGAUGAUGAUGAUGAUGAUGAUGAUGAUGAUGAUGAUGAUGAUGAUGAUGAUGAUGAUGAUGAUGAUGAUGAUGAUGGUGAUAGUGAUGAUGAUGAUGAAGAAGGAGAUAAUCACCAUUUAUCUUUAGUUUUUUGGUUUAUUGUUAUUUUAUUUGAUCUUUUUCACAUUUAAACAUUAAAUAAUUAACUGGACUGUAUCUCAUUAUUCUUUUUUUAUUUAUUCUUAAUUCUGUCUAAAUGUUUUCAUGUUUGACUUCACGUUUAGAUUCUUAAAGUCUUGUUUCUUCCCUGAAACAAAGUUGGAGCUUCAAAUCUAAACAUUUCCAUUUUACAUUCAACUUUUCCAGUUUGUAUAAUAUUUGAUUGAUUUAUCUGAGUCCUGGUCCAGGUCUUUUCCUGGUCCAGGUCUGAUUCCUGGUCCAGGUCUGAUUCCUGGUCCAGGUCAGAGUCCUGGUCCAGGUCAGAGUCCUGGUCCAGGUCUUUUCCUGGACCAGGUCUGAGUCCUGGUCCAGGUCUUUUCCUGGUCCAGGUCUUUUCCUGGUCCAGCUCGAUGACGACUGUGUCUGCAGCUCGUAGUGCUGGAAGAGUCUGGCUCUUGUUUCGUUUUUUUGGUUUAUUCUAUUUUUAUUUGAUCUUUUUCACAUUUAAUAUUAAAUAAUUUACUGGACUGUUGAUGUUUGAUCAUAAAUUAGAUUUUUAUCUCAUUA